GCUUGUGGCACUCAAGGGCGCCAGCCGCUCGUCAUUUGAGAAAGCGCCCCUGUGCAGACAAUGGUGAAGUUGAGCUUGAAAGAUGUUGACGUCCAAGGCAAGCGCGUCUUGAUGCGUGUAGACUUUAACGUGCCCUUCGACAAGAAGACCGGCGAAAUCUCCAACUCCCAACGUGUGGACGCCGCCUUGCCAACGAUUCAAUUCGCGCUCGACAAUGGCGCGAAGAGUGUGGUGCUGAUGUCCCACCUCGGCCGCCCGGACGGGUCGGCCAUCGCCAAGUACUCGUUGAAGCCCGUGGCGGACUUGUUGAAGAAGAAGCUGAACCGCGAAAUCAUCUUUUUGAACGACUCAGUGGGUGCCGAAGUCGAAGCUGCCUGUCAAAACCCUGCAAACGGGUCGGUCAUUUUGUUGGAAAACUUGCGCUUCCACGUUGAAGAAGAAGGCAAGGGCAAGGACUUGGACGGUAACAAGGUCUCGGCAACCAAAGAACAAGUCGCUGCGUUCCGUGCUAGUUUGAGCAAGUUGGGUGAUGUGUACGUGAACGAUGCGUUCGGAACCGCUCACCGCGCCCACAGCUCCAUGGUCGGCUGCGACUUGCCCGUGAAGGCCGCUGGCUUCUUGAUGGACAAAGAGCUUGUGUAUUUUUCCAAAGCGUUGGAUGCCCCUGAACGUCCUUUCUUGUCGAUUUUGGGCGGUGCCAAGGUGGCUGACAAGAUCCAAUUGAUCAUGAACAUGCUUGACAAGGUUGACGAAAUGAUUGUGGGCGGCGGCAUGGCGUUCACGUUCAAGAAGGUGAUCGACAGCAUGGAUAUCGGUUCGUCUCUGUUCGAUGAAGAUGGAGCGAAGAUCGUCGAAGACAUCGUGGCCAAGGCCAAAGAGCGUGGUGUGAAGCUCCACUUACCUGUGGACUUUGUGAUUGCCAACAAGUUCGCUGCCGAUGCUGAAACUCGCGUCGUCGACGACUCGGAAGGCAUCCCUGAAGGCUGGUUGGGCUUGGACGUGGGUCCCAAGACCAAUGAAAUCUUUGCUGCUGCCGUUGGUCGUGCCAAGACGGUCGUGUGGAACGGUCCCAUGGGUGUGUUCGAGUUCGACGCCUUUGCCCAAGGCACGAAGAACGUUAUGGACGCCGUCGUGGAAGCGACCAAGGCGGGUGCGACCACGAUUAUUGGCGGCGGCGACACAGCCACGUGCUGUGUCAAGUACGACACUGAAGACAAGGUGAGCCACGUGAGCACGGGCGGCGGAGCAAGCUUGGAAUUGCUCGAAGGCAAGAUUUUGCCUGGCGUGGCGGCGUUGACCGACGUGUAAAGUUGCAUAUCUGUGUGUCGUCAUGCCUCGCAGGCGCGUCGUAUUCUUAAUACAUUUAUAUCCGCCUCGGCGUUGUUGUGGCACGUGCCAUGCACACGUCAGAGUCGCUGACGUUGUCAUGUUGAUGCAGAACCAAGCCGACACCGAUUUCCCCCACGAAGACUACCCCUGCUGCUCCCCAGAAGACUCCUGCCGCCUCUGUUCCGGUGAAGCCUACCGCCGCUGCCAAGGAUUGGACCCCCGUGUACAUUGCCGCUGCGGUUGCAGUGUCGGUUCUAGCUGUUGCUGUUGGCAUGUUCCGUAAGAAGUAAUCAAGCACCCAUAGAGACAUUUUUGCGCUUACC